CCUAAAAUCAUAGCUAACUAGUAACUACUACUGAUUCGAUUUUACCGAGCAGUGAUAAUAAUGGUGGGAAACAUAAUUUCUUUGCCGUUUUACCAGAGGACAUGAUAGCGCGCGGUUGAUGUACGAAUUCAUCCGAAUAAAGAAAACAGAAGCUUUCCGACGCAAGUCCAAUGCCGCAUUUUACAUCCCCGCAGCGCCAUUUUCACACUACUACUACUGAAGCACUCACUCCUCCGGGACCAUCUGAUGGCCGCCGACGAUAUAGUCGCCGCCGCCCCUUUACUCGAAGACCACGACAUCGUUCCUGGCUCCGUUGACCACCGCGGCCGCCGGAUCCGCGACCGCCCCUCCUUCGGCGGAUGGAGAUCUGCUGCUUUCAUAAUCGUGGUGGAAGUGGCGGAGAGGUUCGCUUACUUCGGGAUAUCGUCGAAUCUGAUAACGUAUUUGACGGGGCCGCUCGGGGAAUCGACGGCGGCGGCGGCGGCGAAUGUGAACACGUGGUCGGGGACUGCUACUCUGCUCCCGGUCGUCGGAGCUAUCGUCGCCGAUUCCUUUCUCGGCCGCUACACGACAAUCGUUGUCGCCUCUCUCAUCUACGCCGUCGGGCUGGGGCUGCUUACAUUAUCAGCUUCACUGACAUCUGAAGCAGCCACGAAGUCCCAGGAAGUACUGUUCUUCACUGCUCUGUAUCUCGUCGCUAUAGGGCAAGGCGGCCACAAGCCAUGCGUGCAGGCAUUUGGAGCUGAUCAAUUCGAUGAGCACCAUCCGAAGGAGAGCAAGGCGAAGGCGUCCUUCUUCAACUACUGGUACUGCAGCAUGGCGAUCGGGAUCAACGUGGCGCUUCUGAUCGUCGUCUACGUCCAGGACAACUUGAAUUGGGCUGUUGGGUUUGGAAUCCCCUGCCUCAGCAUGGUUGUUGCUCUGUUCACGUUCUUGCUAGGCAGGUCGACUUACAGGUUUAGCAGCAAGAGGGUGGAGGAGAGAAACCCGUUUCUCAGAAUUGGUCAUGUGAUCGCUAGAGCUUUUAGAAGCAGUGGGAAUCAUAGUAAGGUUUCAUCAGGGGUUACAACCAGUGAAGGAGAGGCAUACCUGUCGAGUCAGAGCUCUCACCAGUUCAAGUUCCUCAAUAAGGCUCUAUUCAUCCAACGUGACUCCACCAUGGACGAAGAAGAACAGCUCAAACAACUUUGCAGCGUGAAAGACAUUGAAAUGACCAAGCAACUCCUCCGUCUCGUCCCAAUAUGGUUCUCCAUCCUAGCCUACGCGGUUGUUUUCGCGCAAGUCUCGACCUUCUUCACGAAGCAAGGCGCCACCCUCGACAGAACAAUCUUCCCCAACUUCCAAAUCCCACCAGCUUCCCUUCAGUUCUUCCUCGGCACCGCAAUCAUCGUCUUCAUCCCUCUGUACGACCGCGUUUUCGUCCCCAUCGCCUCGUCCCUAACCCUCAACCCGACGGGGAUCACAACCCUCCAGAGAAUGGGGACAGGGAUGUUCCUCUCCGUUGUCUCCAUGGUGGUUGCGGCCACGAUCGAGAUGAAGAGGCUGAGAAUGGCCAAGGAUCGCGAAAUGGGUUCGAUCAUGAGCAUAUGGUGGCUGGUUCCGCAGUAUGUUGUAUGUGGGGUUUCUGACGUUUUCACCAUUGUUGGGCUCCAGGAGUUCUUCUAUGAGGAGGUGCCAAAGGAGCUGAAGAGCUUGGGGUUGUCGUUUUACCUUGGGGUGUUGGGCGUUGGGAGCUUUCUGAGUGGGUUUCUGGUCUCUGUGAUUGAUGAGAUGACUGUUGCUGGAGAAGAGGGUAAUCAAGGAUGGUUUGCUGAUGAUCUUGAUGAGGGCCAUCUUGAUUAUUUCUACUGGCUUCUUGCUGGGAUUAGUGGCCUGUGGUUUGUUGGUUACUUGUAUUUUGCUAGAUCCUACGUGUAUAGGGAGAAGUAGGGAAUGGUAACUAUGUAUUGAAAACCCUUAAAAAGGGUAAAUCAUUCCUUCACUAAGAAAAAUGGGGGUUUGGAUGAAGAAUUUUAGCGGAUCAAUUUACCCUAAUUGUUUAGUUUUGAGAUAAUCUGAUCAGGUUGAUCCGUUAGGUAGCA